AUGGUGCUACAGUUCAUCAAGGAACACCCGCUAAUGAGUCAAACUGUGGACACAGUGCCCCUUCUGGUGAGGUGGGGAAUCACAUACACCAGGAUCACAGCUGCCAACAUGUCCAACAGUGACGCCGCUGUGCUAUACCUGGGCACGGAUCAGGGGGAGUUGCACAGCAUUUCUGUUGUCGGUCGUAACGUCACUCUGCUAAAGGAGAUCGCCAUCACAAACUUGGUGGAGCCCAUCAACAACAUCCUAAUACACCAGGGCCAUGCUUUGCUGGGCUCCCCCAUUGCUCUGUCCCGUGUCCUGGUGGAUGGGUGCACCAUGUACCCCACCUGUGAGGUGUGUGCCCGGGCACAGAGUCUAGGCUGUGUGUGGGACGCCAAGGAAAGAGCGUGUGUGGCAAAGUCUACACAAUCUCCAGUACAAAAUAAAUCAGAGGACCCUUUGAAGGCGUGUGGCACUGGAGAGGGGCGUUGUUCCCCUUUGGUGAAGGAGCUGCAUGUGAGAGCGGGUGCUGCACUCCUAGCGGGUUAA